GAGAGAGAGAGAGAGAGAGAGAGAGAGAGAAAGAGAAAUCCACGGGACAGGCAGGAUCAAGCAGAUGCUCUGUUGCUGAAGAGGACGAAGAAGAGGAGGAUGAUUAGCAGGACGGGGAGGAAUCAGCAGCUGCACAAGAUAUGGAGGAAUUUCGGAACAAUCCCAGCCCAGUGCUCAUCCCCUAGCCCAGCCCCGCAUCUCGAAUCUUCUCGCCACGCCCCCCGACCCCCUCCUCUUGCUGUCCAUCUUGUCUCGCCCAUCGUCAUCUCCUCGCACUUGGCUACUUCUACUUUCUGCUCCUCAAGGUUAGUCCUUAUCAGCAGUCGCACGCAUUCCAAUUGCUCUUGCUAGUGUUGCAGGCCUGCAGUUGUUGGUUCGCCUCAGUCUCAGGUCGUCGUGAUGAAUGCGACGUUGAGUUCUGCCGUGGGCAGUGUGGGUGUGGCGCCAAGGCAAUUGGUUGCCUUGAAGUCGGAAUGCAAGAGUAGCGUGCACGCUGCGCGCGCAGUUCCCAGUACCAAACGGUCGUUGGCGUCUCCUUCCAUUAGUGCCUCUUUCUCGCCUGCGCCCGCCAGAGUGGAAGGCACACCGCACAUGCGGAAUGCUGUUGCCAACCAUGACCUCCACACUCCCGUGGUUGCUGACAUCGACUUAGGGUAUCUGGAAGUCGACAGAGAUCUUGAAUUGACAGAGCUGACGGCAAUUUCACCCUUGGAUGGCCGUUACGGGAGCAAACUGAAGCCGCUGCGGGCAAUCUUCAGUGAAUUUGGGCUCAUUAGAUACCGAGUUCUUGUCGAGGUUCGUUGGUUGCAGAUGCUGUCCAACAACUCUGGAAUUGAGGAAGUACCUAGAUUUAGUGAUAAAGCGAACAGCCUUCUUGAAGACACUCUCGCAAACUUUAGAGUAGCGGAUGCUCUUUUGGUGAAAAAGGUUGAGCGCACAACGAACCAUGAUGUGAAGGCCAUCGAGUAUGUGCUUAAAGACAAGAUCCGUUCUGACGCUGAGCUUUCGAAAGUUCUGGAGUUUGUACACUUCGCAUGCACAUCAGAGGACAUCAAUAACCUUUCUCAUGCUUUGAUGCUAAGAUCAGCUAUGGACUCGGUGGUGUUGCCUACUAUGAAAUCAACGGUAGAAGCUAUUCGGUCCCUUGCACACGAAUUUGCGGAUAUUCCCAUGUUAUCUCGUACUCAUGGCCAGCCUGCAUCACCAACCACACUAGGAAAGGAGAUGGCCAACUUCUGUUACAGAUUAGAAAGACAAAUAGAUCAAGUAGCCGCAGUGCCUUAUUUUGGCAAAAUUGCUGGUGCAGUGGGUAAUUACAAUGCUCACAUGGUUGCCUAUCCCAACGUUGACUGGGAGGAUGUAGCAAAAAGCUUUGUCACAUCCUUGGGUUUAACCUUCAAUCCAUACACAACCCAGAUCGAGCCUCAUGACUACAUUGCCGAGCUUUAUGAUGCUGUGAUUCGCUUUAACAACAUUUUGCUUGGCUUUGACCGCGAUGUGUGGUCCUAUAUCUCAUUAGGCUAUUUCAAGCAGAGAGUAAUUGCAGGUGAAGUCGGGUCCUCCACUAUGCCCCACAAAGUAAACCCUAUCGACUUUGAGAACAGUGAAGGAAAUUUAGGCUUGGCCAACGCCGCCAUGGCUCAUCUGAGUUCAAAGCUUCCAAUUUCCCGUUGGCAGAGAGAUUUGACCGACUCAACUGUGCUCCGCAAUCUUGGUGUUGGACUUGGCCAUUCAGUGCUUGCCUAUGAGAGCACGCUGAAGGGAAUCAGAAAACUGCAGGUAAAUGAGGCACGAAUUCAAGAAGAUUUGGCUGAAUGCUGGGAGGUUUUGGCUGAGCCUAUCCAAACUGUCAUGCGUAGGUAUGCUGUUGAAGAGCCUUAUGAAAAGUUGAAGGCUGUGACGCGGGACCGAAAGGUCUCCAAGGAGGUACUGCAUCAAUUGAUUGAGGGGUUAGAGAUUCCGCAUGAGGCUAAGAAAUCAUUGUUGGAGUUGACUCCAGAGACCUACAUAGGUGCUGCCAAAACCUUGGCAAGAAAUAUCUGAAAUUCUUCUGCAAACCUGUAGACUUUCAUCUUUAGAUUUGUCAGCCGUAGUCACCAUAGUUUACCUUGAUCAGUGUGCAAAACUUUGUAUGCCCAAGGCAUACCCUGGACCUGCUUAGGAUCAGGUCGCAGGUUAUCUUGUUUUUGCAUUUGAGAGUUCGAUGAAGGAAGACGAUUGUGGAAUGUGACUGAUGGUGAGCCACAAUUUCAAGGAUAGGCCAACUACAAGGGGUACUUAAACGUGAUGCUUGGCGACACAAAGAUAUGCAAUGCUAUUAGCUCAAAAACUGGAGUGUCACUUAGCAUAAAUACUUGAAAUGGCAGCAUUCUUCUGAGUCUCAGAUUAAAAUAGAGGCAACGUUGCGUUUCUAAUGUUGCCAGAGUUCCUGAUUGCGAGGUUAAUUAUUUUCAGCAAAGUCCUUCUUUGUCGAAUGUAAGGUCCGGUUGGCCAAUAAAGAGAAGUCUGGACAGCUAUUUGUUUGUAGCUGUAUAAUUUGAGGCAGUUCUGAGA